GCGGGUUUUGAGAUUGUGGGUGUACUUCACGUGAAAUUUGCGCGGUUGAGUACUACCAAUUUUCUGCAGCUACAGUCUAGUAGAAAUCUGGCAGUUUGUCAAACGCAAUGGCUGAGGUUGUUGAACGUAAUUUAGAAGACUCAGUUGGUGAAAUUCUACACAUAAGGAAGGCAAAAUUGUUCAAUAAAUUAGAGAUUAAUGAAAUAGUCCGCAAGAGAAGACAUCAUGAAUACACUUUACAGAAACGUAAUAAACGCAUAAUUGAUUAUGAUGCUUAUAUCAGUACUGAAAUGACAAUAUUGAAAUUGCUACGUUUUCGUCGUCAGACUGCAGACGAUACCAGAUAUGUUGAUAAAAUUGAAAAAUCAAUUAUCAGUCGACUUAUGCGAUUGCAUCGGCAAUUAUGUUAUAGAUUUCAAUCACAUAUUGAUUUAUGGAUGCGUUUUAUUCACUUUUGUAAAACUAUUGGUCGACACUUGAGUGUUAUGCGUAUCUGGAAUAAUAUGCUAAGAAUACACGGUCGAACAGAACCAAGAUUAUGGAUUGCUGCAGCGGCAUACCAUCUGCAUCAUGGUGUUAGAGCUGAAGCUCGUGGAGAAUUACAAAAUAUUUCAAAACAGAAAAAUGAAUUAUUAAAAGUGCGUAAAAGGCUGCGUAAUGAAUACACAGUGAUGACUACUUGUACAUCGAAAGAACAAAAGCAAAGACUUAGUGAUCUUAUUGAAGAAUUAAAGGAGAAUGAAAAUUCGCUAACUGAAGCGACCAAGGAUAUGUCCAGAGAACAUCGUCUCACCUGGGAUCGAGCACAUUUAAAUGCUAUACGUGAAGCUCGACAUUUGCUAACUGAAGGCAUCUCAUUGAAUCCGGAAUGUGAUCUUCUGCAUUUAGAACUAGUGAAGUUGGAGAUCAAUGCAAUGGAUUUCUUUCGAACACGUGUUCUUCCCAGAUAUGAAGGCUGUGGUGAUAAUAAUAAUGAUAAUCGUAAUAAUGACAAUGGUAUUAUUAAUAUGUCAUUGGAUAAUAGUCUUACCGAUGAAUCUAAUCAUACGAUAAAGAAGAAAAAGAAGAAAAUGGAGUUGAAGCCCUUAACGAAAAAAGAAGAAUAUGACAAUAGAGAAUUUAUGAGUUUAGUUACAGAAGAUGUUAAAUUCAUAGUAGAAGGUGGAGCUGUUAACCUGGUUAUUGAAUCAUUACUUACCCGUUGGGUGAACAAUAGUAAAAUGCUUGAAUCACUUGAACAAGUAUUGUCAACUGUUCCACACCUAAUAGAUUCUGCUUUAUUCAAGAAGAUCUCCAAAUGCAUAAACGAUGCAAAGGAGGCGGAGAAUUCACAAUCCAUGCAGAAAGAUGAGGUAUCCCCUGAAAGUCAAGCCCAAAGAAUGCAAUCAAUACUUUCAGGACAAUUAGUAGAAAUUCACAAAGCAAUGAUGGAAAAAGGUGUUGAAGGUGUUCUCCAUCUAUGGAAUUCUUGGUAUUUACCUUCAACUAAUUCAAAUUCUUCAAAUAUUGUAUCAUCUUUCCGUCUGAUUAAUCCUGCAUUUCCUGAAGCUAUCGGUUUAUUGAAGGCCAGAUUAACAGCACUCUCGUUAUAUUCAGUGCAUGAAUUAGAUGACCAAUUGUUGACAUCACCAAAGGAAACAAUAAACUCAAUGGAUGUCGAUAGAGAUGAUAAUAAUGAUAAUAAUAAUAUUGAUUCGCAUACAGCUUAUCAUAGUAGGCGUCAGUAUUUGUCUUCUGAAGUGAAUAAAACUCGUUCAUUGUUUAAUCUACUGGCUACUUCACAAUGGGGUACUCAUUGUCCUGAAUUUUGGCAAUUAUAUUUAAAGUUUGAAAGUGAAAUUGGUGAUAUUACUCAAGUGCCAGCUAUACAUUGGAGAGCUCAAAAAACACUAGUCAAAGAGCAAUUUGAUAAAUUUAUUAAGCUGUUGAAUAACUAAGUACCUACAACUACAUACUACUACUGUGUGUUGUAUAGUUUUGUACAGUACUCAUUUAUGUGAAUUAUUCUUUCCCACUUUUGUUUGUAUUAUCUGCUUUUGAUCUGCUUAUUUUUCAAGAAUAACUUAUGCAUUUUUGAUUAUUAUUGUUAUUAUUCUUUUGAAUUGCCUU